UAUUUGGAGUAAACACUUAAAAUGAACAGUCGAUAUGCAUUGUGCGGCGUGUGGUGUUUGUUUGUUAUUGAAGCAAGAUAUAGAUAAAAACUGAGUUUCUAUUUAUCUGUAUGCCAGAAAGAGAAAUAGGGAAUCUCGAUGGAUUUAAUGAUGUAUACUACCAAGACUCUAGAUUGCUGAGUAGUCUAGUAUACACGGGGAAGAAAUUAAAGUCUGCGCCAUAUUCAGAAGAUGGAUAUCCUAAUAAAGGACAUAUAUCAUAUGAGUACAUCACAUAUAACGAGCCCUUUUCCGCACGUACGGUUAUUUUUAAGAUUCCAAUGAGCUAUCUUAGAAAGAAACAAUAA